AUGACCUCGUUGGCGUCAAGGUUAUCCCGAUUAAAUCGUGGAACAUUGAACAAAACGCAGUCACAACCUUGCUUGUCGGAGCCAUUCCCUCCAAGAUCCUUUCUCGAGUCGAUGGCAGACGCCAUCAAGGCCCCGGCAUCUCUGUUCUACAAGGAGAACAAACAAAGCGCCGAAUCCCAGGAAGUAGAUUCGUGCCAAAGCAACCAAAAACAAAGCCAUAAUGCAAGUCCAAAGAAAUCCGUCCGAUUUAGGCCCGGAAACUCAGUCAUCGAGUCGAAAUCGAGUUCCUUACCCAUCGACAUUCCAGAGGCACAUACAUCCUUGCCACCCGGCCAGUUGGAGACCACUCCUAUACAGCAAUGCUUCAAAACGGUCCUAUCAGAUCCUGUACCAACCGCACGACCUCCGGAGCCACAAAUCAUGAAAUCAUCCGCCGCGUUCCGUGAAGCAAUCGCGACAACGGACCCUGCUGCCAUUUUGAAGGAUUUUGAGAAGAGUGAAGGAACCCAAACCCUACUGUGUGGGUUCCCACUUUCACCUGCUGAGCCGAAGGAUACGCCUGAUAAUCCUUUCGAAGACCCAUUCGACGUGGCAGACCUAGAAAUAACACGCAACAUACUCCACGAGCAUGAUCCCAGUUUUCAAGACAGAACACCACCGCCUUACCCGUCGGACUUCAAUGCAGCCGAAAAAGGCAUCCAAGAUAUUACUGAUUCAGCCUCCGACGAGGGCAAAUCGCCAAGGGUCCUACGGAUUUGGAGUGAAAUGCCAACAUUCUCUCAUAUUGACUAUGCACAAGACGCAUUGCCCUCGAGUGGUCAAACUUCGCCUUCAUACAGCCCCCGACAUGUUGACAGCUCGAGGCAGUCCUGUAACUCCAAUGAGCGGCUUCUCGGGUCGUUGGAUGGCACACUCCCCAAACCUCAAGGGUUGGUAUCGAGUCAGCCUGGAGACAUCAACAAAUGGCGCCGGAGGCCAACCCAUGAGGAUAUCCGCAAGCGCUUCAGACAAUCCACCUCCUGUUCCUCAGUGCAGUCUGACGAGGAAGCCUCGACUCCAGAACCAGCGUCCCACUCAAUCGAUCCAGACUGCCUCGAAGUAGCCGUUAGUUCUGUGCCUUCGAAUGUUGUAGAACCAAGAUGCCCGUCCGACACCAUCGAUGUUGUUCCAGCACCAGAAGGUGCACUAGAACUAUCAAGAGCAACCCUUGACAAACAGAUCCAGGGCCACGGAGUCCAGCCCCAGGAUUUGGGUUUAGCUAUAUCAACAAUCGCGCAAGGCACCUGGACUGCUGAGCUCGCCCUCAGAGGCAACAGCAAACCCUGCGACCAAGGAGAUUACACACCAGUAACGAUGUCAUCGCAGGGGAUGGCGUCUCAGCAAAAGUCACACUUCACAGGGUCUGCCUGUCGAGUUACCAAAGACCCAGUGAGCGGAAGUCCUUCUGCAACAUCAAGACCGUCUGUCCCAAGAUUUGCGCGUCAGGAAAAUUUGCAGCGCACUCCCUCUCCUUCUUUCAUUCCGCUACCCCUGUCGAGUCAACCAGCCGCACGCAUACUUCAAGCGCCAUAUAGCGACCAGCAUGGCUGGUCACCUUUCGAGGAGCAUGAGUUCAUCUUUGCAGCCCUGGCAUUCAUCCAAGGCUCAGACAAAGAUUUUCGACAGCUCAUUUGCCAGCCAAGUGGAUUUUGGCAAUUCUGGAAUUGGUGCGACCUGCCUCAAGAGACUGCACCUUGCCAAAACACCCGCGGCCUGGUACUCUGGGAAAUAGAUGAACUUUUGAACACGAUCAACGAGCAGAAUCAGGCGCCGAGGUCAAUCUGCACUCAAAUGGUGGAGGAUUUCAAAUCACGGAUUCGCCUGGCCUUUGUACGCAAACAUAGGCCGCUAGGGGAACCGACCCCUCUCUUUGCAUCAAUACCCGCGCAUCGUCCGGAGGAGACUGGAGAGACGUUUGAUGACUGCACCACGACGGAAGGAGGAACGCCCUUGCUCGAACAUGACGAAUAUCCAUUUUAUCUCAGUCUAAAUGAUGUUUCCGAACCAGUAACCGGUGUCAACUCGAGUUUGAUGAAUCUUGAUCUCGCUGGCCUAGCUGGGUCUUCAACAAAUAUCGGUGUUCUGACAGAAGAGGAGAAGAUUGCAAAGGCAAGCAAAGUAUUGGAGAGCUUCGGAUCCCACGGAAAGAGCCAUGUGACCAAGACUGCCAGGCUCGGAGGUAAAGGCUCAACUCCCUUUACACCUGAAGCAGAGUCCAAGUCCAGGUCUCAUUCACCCCUCCAGUCCACCGACCGAGAAUCUACUAAGGAUUGGAGUAAUCGUACAAGGACUACCACUGGAGAAAGCAAAUGGUCAUUCACGAGUAAGCUAGCCCAAGGAGGCUCCGACAAAAGCAACACAACAACAUGUUCGACGCCACCAUCUGAAGUAAUGGAAGAAGAUGAGAAAAUAUGCCGAGGACUCGUCUGA